UUGGUCUUUCCAGCUGGUUGUCAUUUCACUCGGCUCGGUCCUGAGGAGGAGUCGGCGGCGGCUGCGGGGAGACCGGGCACCGGGAGGCGGUGGCGGUGGAGACAGCAGAGGAGGAGGAGGAGGAAGAAGAGAAACCGACGUGGAAGGAGAAGGCCGCGGCAAAGACGGCACUGACUACGGGGCCAGGGGAGACGGCGGCUGCGGCGGCCCAGGAACCGUGAGGAGAAAAACUAAUCGAACUGAGAAACCGAACAAACCGCCCCCGGGUCCCAUGAGGGAAAAAAAACCCCGGAGCCGCAGAGAGGGGACGAGGCAGAAACCGCAGCAGCAGUGGCAGGACCUUCCUUCCAGAGCUCCCCAAUUUCCCCCGCACACCCCGGCCGGCGGCUGCUGAGGCCCCCCGUAUUGUUUUGCCCCCCUCCCCUCCACAGUGAAUCGCUUUAAUCCUUUUUUAAUCUCUAUCCCCCCUAGAGAGAAACGGGUGUUUUCAGCCCAUUUCAUGGGGGAGAGGAGGUGGGGGGGAGACCAGAAGCAGGAAAAACAGGAGCAGCAACAGCAAGAACUGCACCAGGAGCAGGAAGAGCAGCAGCAACAAAAACAGCCCCAGGAGCAAAAACUGCACCAGGAGCAGCAGAAAGAGCAAAAACAGUACCAGGAACAGCAGAAACCUUCCUGCAACCCUCCCAUUCCUAUUCAAUGCUGAUUUCCUCGACUGAAAUUUUAUUUCCCGGAACCAGGAAUUCACCCCAUUUCUUUCUUUCUCUCCACAUAACAUAAUAUCUUUAUACAUAAAUAUAUAAUAUAUAAUGUUCUUAAAUUAUUCCUGAUUUUAAAAAAAAAUUUUGAGCUGCCAAGAAAAGACGUCUUCUCCCCUAACCCUUAAAAGAUUUCAUAUGUGGGUGAGUCAAAACUGCUGAGGAAGAACAUAUGAUUGUUAAAUUAUAGAUAUAUUUUUUACUCUGCGCAAUGCUUAUUCUUCUACAUCCAUAAAUGCUUAAGAAGCUCUGUUUUUGUCAUUCAUGUGCAUUUUCCUUUGGAAAAAGAAACCACCUAUUUUACUAACCAAAGACUUGAUUUUUUUCCCCCCUUCCUACCCUCUCCCUUAGAAAUAAACACAGUUUGACCCAUGUCCAUAUCUUAAGAGAGAUUUUUUAGGUUUUCAGAUACCAGAAUUCCAAAUCAGAAAUAUUUAGGGUGGGGAUAAGCUGGGAUCACUGAGCUAUAAUAAGACAUUUCUAAAACACUCAAUUUGGGUUGGAGGAAAGGAGGCAGACUUAAGCAUAGGUUGUCAUUUUUGUUAUAAGAAUUCAGAUCAUAAAAAUAAUAAAUGGGGGAUUACGGGUUUGGAGUGCUGGUGCAAAACAAUACUGGGAAUAAAUCAGCUUUUCCAGUCAGAUUUCAUCCACAUCUGCAGCCUCCUCACCAUCAUCAAAAUGCAACCCCCAGUCCUGCUGCUUUUAUAAAUAAUAACACAGCUGCCAAUGGCAGUAAUGCUGGGUCAGCUUGGCUCUUUCCUGCUCCAGCUGCCCAUAACAUUCAGGAUGAGAUUCUGGGGUCAGAAAAAUCUAAAACUCAGCAACAGCAACAGGAACAACAAGAUUCUCUAGAAAAGCAGCAGCUUUCCCCCAGUCAAGGUCAGGAAGCAGGGAUACUCCCUGAACCCGAGAAAGCUAAAUCUGAAGAAAAUCAAGGAGAUAGCUCUUCAGAAAAUGGCAAUGGGAAGGAAAAAAUAAGAAUAGAAUCACCAGUGUUGACAGGAUUUGACUACCAAGAGGCUACAGGGUUAGGUACUUCAACUCAGCCCUUAACGUCCAGUGCAUCCUCUCUUACUGGUUUCAGUAACUGGUCAGCAGCUAUUGCUCCUUCUUCCUCUACAAUAAUCAAUGAAGAUGCAAGUUUUUUUCACCAGGGAGGUGUCCCUGCUGCUUCAGCUAAUAAUGGUGCUCUGCUGUUUCAAAAUUUUCCGCAUCACGUCAGCCCUGGCUUUGGUGGCAGCUUUUCCCCUCAGAUAGGACCCCUUUCUCAGCACCACCCUCAUCAUCCUCAUUUUCAACAUCAUCACAAUCAGCAUCAGCAGCAGAGGAGGUCUCCUGCUAGUCCUCAUCCACCUCCAUUUACACACAGAAAUGCUGCUUUUAAUCAGCUGCCUCAUUUGGCUAAUAAUCUCAAUAAGCCACCCUCUCCAUGGAGCAGCUACCAAAGUCCUUCACCUACACCAUCUUCUUCAUGGAGCCCCGGUGGUGGUGGAUAUGGUGGCUGGGGAGGCUCCCAAGGCCGAGAUCAUCGCAGAGGACUCAAUGGAGGAAUAACACCUCUCAACUCCAUUUCGCCUCUGAAGAAAAAUUUUGCAAGCAAUCACAUUCAGCUACAGAAAUAUGCUCGGCCCAGCUCAGCUUUUGCUCCCAAAUCUUGGAUGGAAGAUAGUUUGAACAGAGCUGACAACAUUUUUCCUUUUCCGGAGCGCCCAAGGACAUUUGACAUGCACUCAUUAGAGAGCUCACUCAUUGAUAUAAUGAGAGCUGAAAAUGAUUCACUUAAAGGUCGUCUAAACUAUUCAUAUCCAGGAUCUGAUAGUUCUCUGCUUAUUAAUGCAAGGACAUAUGGGAGAAGGCGAGGCCAAUCUUCACUGUUUCCAAUGGAAGAUGGGUUUUUGGAUGAUGGACGUGGGGAUCAGCCCCUACAUAGUGGCUUAGGGUCACCUCACUGCUUCACUCAUCAAAAUGGGGAAAGAGUGGAACGAUAUUCCCGCAAGGUUUUUGUGGGUGGAUUGCCUCCUGACAUUGAUGAAGAUGAAAUCACAGCCAGUUUUCGUCGUUUUGGCCCUUUGAUUGUGGACUGGCCUCAUAAAGCAGAAAGCAAAUCCUACUUUCCUCCUAAAGGAUAUGCAUUUUUGUUAUUCCAAGAUGAAAGCUCUGUUCAGGCUUUGAUUGAUGCUUGUAUUGAAGAAGAUGGGAAACUCUACCUUUGUGUAUCCAGUCCUACUAUCAAGGAUAAGCCAGUACAGAUACGGCCUUGGAAUCUCAGUGAUAGUGACUUUGUGAUGGAUGGUUCUCAGCCUCUUGACCCACGAAAGACCAUUUUUGUUGGUGGUGUUCCUCGACCAUUACGAGCUGUGGAGCUUGCAAUGAUAAUGGAUCGACUUUAUGGAGGUGUGUGCUAUGCUGGUAUUGACACUGAUCCUGAGCUGAAGUAUCCAAAAGGAGCUGGGCGGGUUGCAUUUUCAAAUCAACAGAGUUACAUAGCUGCUAUCAGUGCACGCUUUGUCCAGCUGCAGCAUGGGGAGAUUGAUAAACGGGUGGAAGUUAAGCCAUAUGUCUUGGAUGAUCAGCUGUGUGAUGAAUGUCAGGGGGCCCGUUGUGGGGGGAAAUUUGCUCCAUUUUUCUGUGCUAAUGUUACCUGUCUACAGUAUUACUGUGAAUAUUGCUGGGCUGCUAUCCAUUCUCGCGCUGGCAGGGAAUUCCACAAACCCCUGGUAAAGGAAGGGGGAGAUCGUCCUAGACAUAUUUCAUUCCGCUGGAACUAAAUGAUUACUGCAGUACUUAUUUGCAGGCCUCAAAAUAAGUGCACUCUUCUGUUGAUCCAGACCCCUUUCCCUUCCCCUUCAAAAUAGCAUGUCCUUUUGUAGUAGGCUGUAACUUAACAAUAGUAUAAUGAAAAAGAAUGACCUAUAAUAUAGGUAUUUUGUAGAUUCUUGUGUCAUUGAAAACUGUAUUGAACUCCUUUUCGUAUCGAUAUCAUGUUGCACGAAAGUUUUGUUCUCUUGUUUUUGCCAAACCAAGAGGAUCCAAACCUUGUGCAACAUUUUCUUAGAGGAGAGAGAGAAAUAUUAAAAAGAGAAAUGAAACAAUAGAGUAUUUUGGUUUUUUAAUUAAAUUAUUGUUAAUAAUAUAACAUAUAAGAAUACUUUUAUUAAAAUAACCAUGCAACAAUAACACUAUCAGUCUAUUCUGACACUUUUUCCCCAGGGAAGUGCUUUUUGCCUUUUCCUUUUAUGCUUUUUUCCCCUUUUAUUUUUUAAAAAAUCUUAACAGCAACGGAAGAAGGUAAAAAUUACCUUUUAACAGGAAAGAGCAUGGUAAAGUGAUACAAUGCAUGAGCAAGGUUGAAGCAGCAUUAUAAUUAAUGUUUUAAGGGUUUGGAGGCUGAAUAUAAUUUUGUUUUGCCUCUGAGUUACUACGACAUCACAAAAAAAAUUAGUAAAGUAGGCAGAGCUAGAUAUAUUUCCAUCUAAACACUUUAAAAAGCUUCGAAUGUAAAAAAAAAAAAAAUUGGGUCAAGUUACUACUGAGGGGGGAGUGCACUUAUUUAUUUUUAAGCUAAAUUAUCUGGUUACAGCCCCAGGAAUCCUACCAAAGCUAGAAUCACGGACAACUAGUGGAAAGACUAGCAUUUCCUCUCCCGACGAACAAAUGUAUAGAUUUUAUUUUUGAUGUUAUAUAUAACUCUAUAUCCUAAUUUACUAACAUGCAUCAGGUGCCAGCCUUUGAUCUCCAUUUUGACAUGAAGAAAAAAAAAUAAAACCUAGAGAUACCUCAAGGAUAUCAAUCUGAUUUUCUGUUACAGUGAUUACACUGAAUAGCAGAAACUCAGGAAAAAAAAAAAAGACAAACCAACCAACCACCAUAAAAAUUGGCUGCUGAUUGGCUUACUCUUAGAUGUAAAGUCACUUUGAAUAUCCUGUAAUGUAGUUGUGACAUAGAAGAUGAAUAUGAAAAAGCUAAGUAGUUGCAAAGUGUUUUGCACUGUUGAGCUCAACAAUAGCUGUGUAAAUCUGUGCAAAGGUACAUAUGUCUAUCUUUACUCUUCCUAUAGAAUAAAUAACAGUAAAAUUUCAGAACUUAGCAUGAGACAUAGUCACAAUGUUUGAAGUGCCAACUUCAUUGAGUAAUGCAUGCUUUAUUAUAAAUAAAUUCUAGCUUGGAAAGGCAUUAUAACAUGUUGAACAGUAUGCUUUAAGAGGUAUGCUUAAAAUAGUCUCUUGAAGCUCUGGUAGUGAGAUUAAUUUUUAUUUGAAUUGACAUUCUCUUACUAAUGCCCUGUUCAUCAUUAAAAGGAUCAUUCAGCAGUGUGUGAUACAUAGAAAAAAUUGGACGGCAAUCUUGCUAGCUGUGCUACCUAAAAGUACCAUCUUAGACAUUUAAAACCAAAGACUUGCUUCAGCACUGCUGUGGAAACACCUGGUCUGUGACCCCCCCCCCCCUCCCGCCCUUCCCCCAACCUCACCCAAUUAUCUUUCUGAGAAGCAGUCGUUUCUUUUUUUUUUUUUUUUUUUUUUUUUCUUUUUUCUUUUUUUUCAAUACAGGCUUUAAUGAACUAUACCUGUUAAUUUCCAAAGGUCAAAAUGGAGACAUUUGCUGUCUUAAGUAGUGAAGUAUAGAAAGGGAGCUGCUUUUAGUGAAAUCCCUGAAAAUAUGGACAGCUGUAAUGCAAAUAGAGGGUGCUCUUGUUGUAGAUUGUCAGGGACUUUUCCUUUUCUCCUGAACUACAUAAUUAUAGGUUGGUCAUUUACCUUUUUUUUUUUUUUUUUUCUUUCUUUUCCUUAAUGCUUGUAGGUGGCUUGGGGUGUGCUACUGUGCUGUUCCUACUCAGUAAACAGGUGUGAUGAGUUAACAUUACAAGAGAUAACACUGUUUGAGAACUAGCUUUGAAUAAUAAUUUUCCCUUUGUACAUGACCUGCUGAAUUUCGGUACAGUGUUUUUGUAGCUAACUUAUUUUGUCAUGCACAUAAUGUAUAUUUGUUAUGCACUACUUUUGUAUAUCUUGUUUUUCCAACAGUGAGCAUUUUUAGGCACACUUUUCACUGACGGGAUAUCUCUUUAUGCAAUACCUCAAUUUUUCAUAUUGCAAAGAGUAGCUUUUUGUACUUUUAUUACUGAGAGAUCUUCAUAUACUUCAUUUUUUAAUAUAAAUAAUUUUAAUAAAUUUUAUUUUCUUAUAUUCUGCUUUUUAUACAUUUCAGUGCUCUGCAUACAUUUGGAAUUAUGGAUGUUGUGCACUGGCAAUGCUAUUUUAGAAUCUGCAGAGAAGAGAAAGCAUGUUGCUUAAACAUCCUAGCCCAGCACCAGCUAUUUGGUGUACAUAUAAUUUAAGAAAUAGUAUAUGUAAAGUUAUGAAUUAAAGGAAAAAAAAAGCAUGAAAGUGACAGAUAACACUGUAGUUCCUCAAAAAUUAAAUGCAUAAGUGUAGGGUAGAAAUUUAAAGUAACAUCGAAAUUGUCUACAGCUUCUUACUAAGUUUUUUAAAUUAUACACAAUGCAGACGUUUUUGGUGAAUGUUUAGCCAUUUUUAAUAUUAACAAAUUGAUGUUCGGUGUUUGAUUCAAAGAUGUCUGCUCUUUUAAAUUAUAUUUAAGAAAAACUGAGCCUGCCAUGUGGUAGGUAUGUAAUGUUAGUAUGCAUGACUAAUGUAAGAAAUUGUUAUUCUACUAAUAUCCACUUGUGGUGAUUGUGUGACAAGCGUGUUUGCAGAUUAUUUGGUUACACUUCAAUUUACAGGGCAUAAACAAUUAUAUCUAUUACUCUGGACUUUAGCGGUGACAUGUCCUUCGGAUUACAUGGGAUUGUAGUUGGGAGUUACCAUGUAACUCAAAACGUAAUUAACAUGUAAUUAGUUUACAGAUCUUAGGGUAUCACUUCAAUUUCCCAAGCAUGUAGUUCUAGCGCACUAGCAUGGCACCAGCCAUGUAUUUACAAUGUAGUUACAGAGUAAUUACAUGGUUAUUUUUGCAAUGUAAAAUAAAGUGUUUCUGAUUAUUUUCUAUGUAAAGGAACCCUCUCCCUGUCCCUCUGGCCCCAUGCUUUGGUAUAGUAUAUAUACUUCUCCAUACACAGACCUCUGCAGAAUGCAAAAUAAAACUUGCAGUGAAUGAAUUUAGCAUUUUAUAAGAGUGCUGUUGGAAAGACUUGAUAAUUCACCCCUUUUGUUUUGAAGAGUUGAACCUUCUGUUAAAAGGUGAUUUAAAACUUGAAUGUGAUGAAUUGUGGCAAGUUAACUUCAAGUUGUUAUGUGCAAUACUUAUUUCAGACUUUUGAAAGAUCUUUGCAGUGUACUUCUUUGUUUUUAAUUGCAGACAUUUAAAAAUGUCAUUUUCUACUGUUAUAGUAAUCCUCUUUCUUGCUGGUGUUUCUAAAGAAAAGAAUCAGAAAUCAAUCUUUCUACUAAUGUAAAUUUGAGAUUAUUUUUAAAAAAUGGAAUAAAAGAGGUUUUGGUCAUUUGCUUUAUUUUAUUAUCUUAUUUUCAAGCUACUGUGAUUGAUAGCAUUGUAAGAAUUGGGACAAUAUUGUAUUCAACUGUUUUAUUUUUUAUAUUUUUAAAUUUUAAAGUAUAAUUAGUUUUUAUAAUUUUCAUCAGAUUUUUGUUAUAUUUUUUGGAAGUGAAACUUUUAGCAAGUGGGUGUCUAGUUUUUACUAAUCCCUGAUGUUUUUUUUCCAAUGUAUUGCUCAUAUUAUCAGAAGGAAAAGUUAUUUAAGUAUGUCAGUUAAUUGUACUACUUGGCUGAAUUUCCAUAUAGUUUUUACUGUGUAUGGGGAGGUUGUAGUAUUUAUUAUAGCAUUUUAAAUAAGGGUAAUUCAUUUUUUAUUAAAGUCAUUUUCACGUUAAGUUCAUAUUUUUGUAUGUUCUACUCUAAGUUAUAUAACACAGUUCCUUUUUUUAAAGAGUUCAUUUGUUGAAGUGCUAGUGGAAAUUAAUGUUAUUAAAUAGUUUGCAAAUGACUAUUUAUACCAGUAUGCAUAUAAUUUUUAAAUAUUUGUAAUGUGAGAUGUUGAAUGAAUAAAACUUUUAACUCAAAUGUC